UCUCAAAGCCACCACUCCUUCUGAGAUAUCAGUUUUUACCAGUUAUGUUGACAAAUUUUCCUGCGGUUCUAUCAAGUAUGGAGUACGCUAAAACUCUGGUUCCAACACCUAUAAAGAGGUCGGUGUCCACCGUGCACUCAGCGAUAGCUCAGCGCAUGCUGCCCCCUGCACAGCCCCGGCCCUACAGAGUCUGCACCCAGAGCCGCCUCAGGACCAACGUUUUGGUGGCCACUUCUCUAAACGACCUGCUGGAAAAGGCUGCCCGUUCGUUUCUGCUGCCCUGUCGUUUCCUGACGCUGGUGCUGGAGGAGGACGGCACAGUGGUGGACUCGGAGACCUUCUUUCAUUCCCUCCCCGCUAACUCUCUCUUCAUGGUGCUGGAUAAAGGCGAGGAGUGGACCCACAACCCACCGGCCUUGACGAGCUUCAGGAAGCCAAAGAAAAAUGAAAUCGCCAAGAUAAGCUUUGACCUGUACAAGCUGAAUCCAAAGGAUUUUCUGGGAUGUCUCACUGUUAAAGCCACACUGUAUGAGAUUUAUUCACUCUCAUAUGACAUCAAUUGCUCUGGAUUCAAGUACCUUUUGAAGUCCUCAUUGCGAUGUGCGAUGCAAGUGACCAGAGUUACUGGUCAGGCUCUCCUUUAUGGAUCCACAUGUGUGCUACACUACAUAGGUGAUGAACAUCACUAAAGCAAGUGCCAUCUGUGAAUAUUUCAUAUCACGUCCCAUUUACACAAAGGACAUUAUCAUGCUUU